AUGUCUGAUGAAGAAGAUAAUGCUAAUCUUAUAUUAAAUGAACAGAGGACACUCGAAAUUGAAUCAACGAUAUCAAUUAAUAAGAAUUGUGAAGUAAAAUGGCCUGUCAAACGUAAGAUCGAUAAGAAAUUAUAUAAUAGGCGCCGGAUUGCUCGAAUACAUCGUUUAAUAUUACCUAAAAGUGCAUUGGUGAUAUUUUCUGAGUUGUUCACUGGUGUGCCAAUCCAAAUAGAAGAGAACACAUUUUUGCAUGGUAGAGCUUAUACCGCUACAAUUGAGAUUGAUGGCCAGAAGUAUACAGGAAAUCACAUUUCCAAGAUUGAAGCCAAACAAAAAGCAUGUGAACAAUUAUUUCGUAGUAUGUUGAGCAAACAAUUAAUCAAGGAAACUGAAAAGAAGAUGGAUAAUAGAAAAUAUGGUACAGCACAAAAACCUACAGAACCACCUCAGGAGGAUUUCCCAUGGCCACACUUUGCUUCGAUUGCUAUGCACAAAUUAAUAAAUCAAUGGAAACUACAGCCUUAUUCAGAUGAUAUUAGUUUACAAGACAAACAAUCAUUUGUUGCUGCUCCUAUGAAAAAUUUUCCUUCAGACGCAACAAAAUACCAUCCAGUAAGUUUAUUAGCUCAACUGAGGCCUGAUGUGACAUUUACCUAUACUAUUUUGACUCCAGUUAUCCAUGCACAUUGUACAAUGGAUGGAAUUCCUUUCACUGGAAUCGGUUCGUCAAAAAAGAGUGCCAAGAUGGAAUGUUGUAUUACCGUAAUAAAGUAUUUUUGGAAAUUUGAUUUCCAUGACUAUUUAUAA